CUUAUGAAUCAAUUAUACAUGAUCUCGCUUACCAUUACGAUCUGGUGAACGGUUGUGUCAACAACGAGAAUCGCAGGAGAUCUGAUGCGUAGACGAUAGAUACCGAAAAUAAAUAGCUAAUUGUAACGAAUAUUCUGUUAGUAACAAAGAUUGACGAAUCGAAUCGGCGCAAAUUAUUUGGAUCAAAGAUCUUUCGGAAUCGUGAAGUGGGAAUCAAGAAUAGCUAUACAUCGACUAUCCUAUCUGGAGCCUAUCUGUGACAAAAAGCGGCUGGUCAAAAUUUAGUGGCUGAUUGUAUUUUUAUAUUUACAAAGACAGACUACGAGAUGUCGUACAUUGUGGAGUGGUAUAGAGAUGUGAUCGACAACAAAUAUGAUCCAAGAACACAAGAAUGGUUUCUGGUACCUAGUCCUGGUCCAGUUCUAACGAUCAUAACAACGUAUAUAUACUUUUGCGUUUCCGCCGGACCGAGAUAUAUGAAGGACAAGAAGCCAUACGAUUUGAGAAAUACUCUAAUAAUUUAUAAUUUUAUCCAAGUUCUUGCAAGCCUUUAUCUUGUUUACGAAGGUUUGAUGGCUGGUUGGUUGUACGAGUAUAAUUUUAUUUGUCAACCAGUCGAUUAUUCAUUUAAACCGAGUUCAGUGAGGAUGGCUAAUGGCGUUUACCUGUACUUUAUGUGCAAAUUGAUUGAGCUACUGGACACGGUGUUCUUUGUUUUGCGCAAAAAAGAUCGACAGAUCACGUUCCUGCAUCUUUACCAUCAUUCGCUGAUGCCAGUUUGUGCCUGGAUCGGUGUGAAGUUUUUUGCCGGUGGUCACCCGACUCUCCUUGGCGUCAUCAACGCCUUCGUCCACGUCUUUAUGUACACCUACUACAUGUUGGCCGCGUUCGGGCCGCAUAUGCAGAAGUAUCUUUGGUGGAAAAAAUACCUGACCAUCAUGCAGAUUGUACAGUUUAUCAUAGUAUUUUUCCAUAAUUUCCAAAUGCAAUUUACUAGCUGUAAUUUCCCAAAGCCACUGUCGCUUUUGCUCAUGAUCAAUGCUGGCUUGUUCACUUACAUGUUUGGAUCAUUUUACAUGAAUAAUUAUUUGAAAUCAAACGUGGGACGGGUAUCAAAGACUAAUGGCGCUAUUAAUGGCUCUGUUAUUGUUAACGGUAACGCAAUUUCCAACAAGAUGAAGCAUGAUAAGUCCAAUUAAAAGACUCGCGGAGCCCUUUUGACUAUAGGAUUGUAAUUGUGAGAGUAGAAGAAUGAUUUUUCAAAGUUCUUUCAAGAAUAGUUUAUUAGAGAAUGGAUAUUAUAUAUAUAUAUAAAUUCUUGUGACAUAGAUGUAGAUAAUCAAAUGUCAUGCUCGCUAAAUAACGCGACGUUCUUCCAACCUUAGCAUUAUUCUGCCAAUAUUUUUGUAAUGCAAUGAAAAUUAUGAUUAAUAUAAAAUAAUGAUAUUUUACAAGUAUGAGUGAAGAUGGAUUUGGUUUACUUGUAUCAAGAACGAUCUACAAGCGAUUCUUACAAACUACACGUAAUUUAUUACAGAGAGAAUAUUUAAUUAUUACACUUGCAUAAAUUUUACAGACACCUUUCUGAGAAGCGCAACGAUAUUAAUACCAUGUAUAAUAUGAUCUGACAUGAAAUAUUAGAUUAAGAUAAGUUCCAAAUUCUGUUUCAAAGUUUUAUCAAGAAAUUCAUGCUCGCAUGAUGUAAUUAAGAUAGGCAUUCUGUUGAAAUUUAUGUUUUAAAUUUUAUU